AUGUAUCUAUCUAUCAUUCUGUUCAUAACCAUCUAUCUAUCUAUCAUUCUGUCAUAUCUAUCUAUCUAUCAUUCUGUUCAUGUCUAUCUAUAUCUAUCAUUCUGUUCAUUCAUUCUAUCUAUCUAUCAUUCUGCUCAUGUCUAUCUAUCUAUCCCAUUCUGCUCAUGUCUAUCUAUCUAUCAUUCUGUUCAUGUCUAUCUAUCUAUCAUUCUGCUCAUGUCUAUCUAUCUCUCAUUCUGCUCAUGUCUAUCUAUCUAUCAUUCUGUUAUCUAUCUAUCUAUCAUUCUGCUCAUGUCUAUCUAUCUAUCUAUCUAUCAUUCUGUUCAUAUCUAUCUAUCUAUCAUUCUGCUCAUGUCUAUCUAUCUAUCUAUCUAUUUCAUUCUGUUCAUGUCUAUCUAUCUAUCAUUCUGCUCAUGUCUAUCUAUCUCUAUCAUCAUUCUGCUCAUCUAUCAUUCUGCUCAUGUCUAUCUAUAUCUAUCAUUCUGUUCAUUCUAUCUAUCUCUCAUUCUAUCAUGUCUAUCUAUCUAUAUCUAUCUAUCAUUCUGUUUAACUAUCUAUCUAUCAUUCUGCUCAUGUCUAUCUAUCUAUCAUUCUGUUCAUAACUAUCUAUCUAUCAUUCUGCUCAUGUCUAUCUAUCUCUCAUUCUGCUCAUGUCUAUCUAUCUAUCAUUCUGUUCAUCUAUCUAUCUAUCUAUCAUUCUGCUCAUGUCUAUCUAUCUAUCAUUCUGUUCAUGUCUAUCUAUCUCUCAUUCUGCUCAUGUCUAUCUAUCUAUCUAUCUCUGUUCAUAACUAUCUAUCAUUUCUAUCAUUCUAUUCUCAUGUCUAUCUAUCUAUCAUUCUGCUCAUGUCUAUCUAUCUAUCAUUCUGCUCAUGUCUAUCUAUCUAUCAUUCUGCUCAUGUCUAUCUAUCUAUCAUUCUGCUCAUGUCUAUCUAUCUAUCAUUCUGCUCAUGUCUAUCUAUCUAUUUAUCAUCAUAUCUAUCUCUCAUUCCUAUCUAUCUAUCUAUCAUUCUGCUCAUGUCUAUCUAUCUAUCUAUCAUUCUAUCUCAUUCUAUCUAUCAUAUCAUUCUAUCUAUCAUUCUGUUCAUAUCUAUCUAUCUAUCUAUCAUUCUAUCUCAUAACUAUCUAUCUAUCAUUCUGCUCAUGUCUAUCUAUCUAUCAUUCUGUUCAUGUCUAUCUAUCUAUCAUUCUGCUCAUGUCUAUCUAUCUAUCAUUCUGUUCAUAACUAUCUAUCUAUCAUUCUGCUCAUGUCUAUCUAUCUAUCUAUCAUUCUGUUCAUAA